AGCAGAGCUGCGGGAGCCUCCACAGAACAUCUCCGGAUCGCUUUCUGAGGCUGACCGCUGAACCAGGUGCAGACCCUUCACUCAGCCACCAGGUUGAACUGCUUCUCCUACAGAAGUGACCCUGUGGCCCUGACCUGAGAUAAGUCACUAGGUGACUUCCGCAAGCCUCUGUCUAUGACUCCAUCUGGAUUUGGCUGGCUGUGGGGACAAGCUUCAAGAGACUGCCUGGGUCUCCGUGGGACAGCAGUCAACUUUCUGGCUAUCAUGACAAUUGCUGGGAACUGAAGGCUCGGGCUCCAGCCUCAGCACAGGCACACAGUGUCUCCACGGCUCCAGGACAGGAUGGACAACAAAGCCAUGUACAUGCACACCGUCAAUGACCGGGACAGCGGCUCCAUCUUCGAGGAGCCCUUUGACGGCAGGAGCCUGUCCAAGCUGAACCUGUGUGAGGAUGGCCCAUGUCACAAACGGAAGGUGGGUGGCUGCUGUACCCAGCUGGGCUCCCUGUCAGCACUGAAGCAUGCAGUCCUGGGGCUCUACCUUCUGGUCUUCCUGAUUCUUGUGGGUAUCUUCAUCUUAGCAGUGUCCAGGCCUCGAAGUUCCCCCGAUGACUUGAAAGCACUGACUCGGAAUGUGAACCAGCUGAAUGAGAGCUUCCGGGACAUGCAGCUCCGGCUGCUGCAGGCUCCGCUGCAGACGGACCUGACGGAACAAGUGUGGAAGGUUCAGGAUGCGCUGCAGAACCAGACAGACUCGCUCUUGGCCCUGGCAGGCUUGGUGCAGCGGCUGGAGGGUACACUGUGGGGGCUACACGCACAGGCGGCACAGACCGAGCAGGCGGUGGCCCUGCUGCGUGACCGCACAGGACAGCAGAGUGACUCUGCGCAGUUGGAACUCUACCAGCUGCAGGUGGAGAGCAAUCGCAGCCAGCUAUUGCUGCAGCGGCACAAGGGCCUGCUGGACGGGCUGGCGCACAGGGUUGGCGUCCUGAGUGAGGAGCUGGCUGAUGUAGGCGGGGCACUGCGUGGCCUCAACCACAGCCUGUCCUAUGACGUGGCCCUGCACAGCACGCGGCUGCAGGACCUGCAGGUACUGGUGAGCAAUGCCAGCGCGGACACACGCCGCAUGAGGCUGGUGCACAUGGACAUGGAGAUGCAACUUAAGCAAGAGCUGGCCAUGCUCAACGUAGUGACGGAGGACCUGCGUCUCAAGGACUGGGAACACUCCAUUGCCUUGAGGAACAUCACCCUUGCCAAAGGGCCACCAGGACCCAAAGGUGACCAGGGCAAUGAAGGAAAGGAGGGAAAGCCAGGUACUCCUGGAUUCCCUGGACUGCGAGGUCUGCCCGGAGAGAGAGGUACCCCAGGACUGCCUGGCCCCAAGGGUGAUGAUGGGAAGUUAGGGGCCAUAGGUCCCAUGGGCCUGCGCGGAUUCAAAGGUGACCGAGGCCCAAAGGGAGAGAAAGGAGAGAGAGGAGAAAUAAAUGAUGGUGUGGAUUUCACAAUGAUUCGCCUGGUGAAUGGCUCUGGACCACACGAGGGCCGAGUGGAGGUGUUCCAUGAGCGUCGCUGGGGCACGGUGUGCGACGACGGCUGGGACAGGAAGGAUGGGGCUGUCGUGUGCCGCAUGCUGGGCUUCCAUGGCGUUGAGGACGUGUACCGGACAGCUCGCUUUGGGCAAGGUACAGGGAAGAUUUGGAUGGACGACGUGAACUGCAAGGGGACCGAGCACUCCAUCUUCCACUGCCAGUUCGCCAAAUGGGGAGUGACAAACUGUGGGCACGCCGAGGAUGCUGGGGUGACGUGUACCACCUUCUGAAAGUGGGUGCAGCCCAAGGCCAGCACCCUGCCGUGACCACACUCCUGUGUUUCUGGGGAAGUAGGAGGAUUGCUUGGAGCCACCUGACCAUGGCUCAUGCCCAGUUCAGCACCAUCCCCAACCCUGCUGCCAGCUGGCCCUACUCUGGUUCCAAGGCGACCUGAUGUUACUGUCCUUCCAGACGACUGCUCCAAAGUGCUCAGCGGGACCUACGUUCUGUCUUUCCUUUCCACUGGGGUUUCUACAUGGGGGUCCCUAGUUAGCUGAACAACCAGUAUGCUCAGCUAUCUGAAGACUAUUCACGGGCCCAGGGAAUCCAUGUUACAGACGGUCUCUUGUUUACAGAUGGAUGCUGAUAGGAUGUCACGGGCAAGAGCUGCAAUGGAGGUGGGAGGAGUUAUGGGUCAUGGGCUUUGCAGGUAAUUCCUAAAUUCCAGAGUUUCACCAUCUACUUCCCCUGCAAGUGAAACCCUUACUGACUCUGUUUCCCCUCUUUUCCUCUGCCUCUUCACACUCUAUAUGUUAGUUUGAGGAAGGGGCAGAGGAGACAUAAGAAAAUUCCAGCUACCAGAAGAAGCCAGAAACCCGGCUGGAGCUGGGAAGAGAAGGGAGUGACUAUUGUGCUGUGCUACGUUGUAUCUUGGGUGCUGACAUCACUUAACCACUUUGCUGUGUUAAUACAAGGCAAUCAGGGCAGGACCCUGCCUCCAGGUAGUGCUCACCUGGCCCAUUCAUCUGGCCUCCAAGUUAGAAGACCAGGGAUGAUCAAGACUAAGACAAGGUUCCCCCAUGAACCUUGGUGUACCCUUCUUAGGCCCGAGUAACAAGCUUGGGCUGUAGACAUUGGUUAUUAGAAAGUUGUGUACUCCAGAUAUUAUAGCAAGUACGUAUAAGACCAGACAGGAUGGGUUUCCAAGUCAAACAUCUGCACAGGAGGGCUGACUUGGAGGGUGACAAGGAAGCUAUCCACAGUAACCUGAGGCCAUCAGUCAUUAGAGGCUGUGUCCCAGGGCAGCUGGUGACAUUGUACCUUCCAGGCCUCUUUAAAUAUAACCCUGUGACCAGAGGGGAAACUGUCCUGGUAAGUCCCCCACAGGCAGGAAGAAGUGUGAAUUCCCUAUAACCUUCCAUGGGAAAUGAAGCCUGUGAGCCGCAUUCCCCUCCUGGUUACAGAGAGAGCGCGUUCUGCUAUUGACACAAGGAAGAGGUUGAACUAGAUGGUACGUGUGUUCCAGAACUGGGGGGCUAGGGUAUAGCAAUUGAAGGCAGACCUAUCUGGCUAUAGCAGGGCUGUAGACACAGUCACAUAUCCCAUGAGGUGAGCGUUAUCUUGCUGGGAGUGAGGAAGACCUAGGUACCCCCAGGUGCAGUUCUCCUGAGUGAUCCUGGCUGGCCACUAAGCCUAUAUGUGAUCUUGAUCAUUCUUGCUUGCAAGCUGCGUUACUCACUACUGUCUUCAUGAUCUGACCAACUGUUAUGCUUACAUAACAUGCAUGUACUCAUGCAUCUUCUUCCAGAGCCAAUGUAUGUAUGCCUGUAUAGCGUGACGUUCCUUAUCACAUAGCUCAGCACAUCACAAUGGCUAUGUUUUAAAAGAUAUACUAAAGGCUGUUGUCUUUAUUUAGAAAAAAAGAUAUUUUAACAGUGCAUAAACAUCACUUCGAUAAUUUUGGAAAAGAGCCCAGUUACCCCAGUGAUGAAGACUUAGGUAACUUUUUCACUUAGUCUUUACAUGGGGGGGGGAAACACAAGUUUGGUUUUAUAUCUAUAAAAGAGAUGUUGAAAAGUAUUUUAACCAUAAAAAUAAAAGUCGACUAGUUUACAGACCUACCUAUGAGGACAUGGAAAUGACCGUGGACUGUAUUUCAGGGACUAAUGGAAACUAGGCCUAAAAUACUUCAGACCUUUUGUAAGAAAGAAUUUCAAUAAA